UUUUAUUGAGAUUUUUAACUUUUGUCAAACAAGACGAGUAUUCAUAGUGAUACUGGUAAAAUUUUGAAUUAAAAAAAGACUUUGUAAAUCUGGCACACGACAUUACCUCUAUUGAAGUUUGUUAUCUUCUGCGCAAGAAACAUGGAUCGAAGGGAAGAACAACAAAUAGAAAUUGACAGCCUAUUGUCGAUUUACCCUGACGAGCUGACAGUUCUCACUUCCGAAAACUCCGAUCCGGAAAUCCCAGAAAUCGCGGUGGAUCCCGGUGAUGAAAGAAUUCAGUUUACAUUAAAGAUUUCGUCGUCUGAAGCAGCGGUGGGAAAUUCAGCUGGAUCUGUGAUAACUACGCUGUGGAAGUUCGUUUUUCCGGAUGAGUAUCCAGAUGUUGCGCCUGAAAUACGCUUGAUCGAUCCUGGAGAAAUGCCGCCGGAUUCCAAGGACGAACUUUCUAAAGUCGCUGAUGCAGCAGCACAAGAGAGCAUCGGUAUGGCAUCGGUUUUUACCGUUGUUUCUGCCGUACAGGAUUACCUUAACAAGCAUGCUGAAGAUUGCCUGAAUCGUUUUAAAGAGAUGUCUUUGCGGGCCAAGCGGGAAGAAGAAGAGGAAGAAAGGCGGAAAAUUGAAGGAACUAGAGUCAAUGUGGAGAGUUUUAUUGUAUGGAAGGCUAAGUUUGAUGCCGAACGUACAAAGAAAACAAAAACUCCGGAAACGACGGCAGUGAAACGCUUAACCGGUCGCCAGAUGUUCGAACAAAACACUAAUCUGGAUAGUUCCGAUCAGCAGCUAAUGGAAGAAGGAGAAGAGUGUGCGGAUAUUGAUGAACGAGAAGAGACUGGACAAGGGGAUGAUGAUUUCGACCGAGAAUUAUUCGAACAAGAACUACUUAAUGAGGAAAACGAUAAUUAACAAUUUUGUCGUUUUUAGCGGUUUUCUCUGCUUUACUUUUGAUACGCUUUUCUACAGUUUACUUAUGACGUAAACAUCAUUGCUACUUACUUUUACUGGUACUGUAGAGAUGCCGGUAUUAUAGUGUAGCCUUUUAGAUACUAUUAAAAUUUAGAAUAAUAAAAUAUAUUUUAUGAAUAAA